CGCGCUGCCGCCGCUACGGGCUUUGUAAUCGCCUCUGAGUGACGUAGAUCUCUCUUUCCGGCCUGGGCUCGCGGCUUGUGAGGAGAAAUUUCCUGUUGCACAUCACUUGUGGCAAAACCCUAGAAAAACACAAUGCAGAACGACGCUGGGGAGUUUGUGGAUCUCUACGUUCCUCGUAAAUGCUCUGCUAGCAACCGGAUAAUUGGUGCUAAAGACCAUGCCUCCACCCAGAUGAAUAUUUGUGAGGUUGAUAAAGUCACAGGCAGAGUCAAUGGCCAGUGCAAAACUUACGCAGUUUGUGGAGCAAUUCGCAGAAUGGGGGAAUCUGAUGACUCAAUCCUGCGCCUUGCAAAGAACGAUGGUAUAAUACCCAAGAAUUUCUAAAGCAUGACGAAGAAGCAUGAUGUGAAAUUUGUUAUAAAAUAAAACUGUUGGAAAGCA